CGUUCUGCAGUUGGGCAUCAGUGUCUCACUUGAACUACCAAGCUAAUAAGCUACCAAAAAACCAACAAACCACCAAAAUCAACAUGAAGUUCUUCCAAGCCGCCGCCCUUCUCUUGGCCAUGUUCGCCGCCCUCGCCAAUGCUGAGCCCGUUCCCCAACCUGGAACCGUGCUCAUCCAGACCGACAACACCCAGUACAUCCGCACCGGUUAGAACUGCAGGAAAAUUUUGACUAUGUGUUUACCCAUAUGGAUUCUUAAAUAAAAAAAAUUAAAUUACAAAA